AGCAGUAACAGCAGUAGUACCAGUACCAGUAGUAGCAGCAGUAACAGUAGUAGUAGUAGCAGCAGUAACAGUAGUAGUACCAGUAGUAGCAGCAGUAACAGUAGUAGUAGUAGCAGCAGUAACAGUAGUCGUACCAGUAGUAGCAGCAGUAACAGUAGUAGUAGCAGCAGUAACAGUAGUAGCAGCAGUAACAGUAGUCGUACCAGUAGUAGCAGUAGUAACGGUAGUAGUAGUAGCAGCAGUAACAGUAGUAGCAGCAGUAACAGUAUUAGUAGCAGCAGUAACAGUAGUCGUACCAGUAGUAGCAGCAGUAACAGUAUUAGUAGUAGCAGUAACAGUAGUCGUACCAGUAGUAGCAGCAGUAACAGUAGUAGUAGCAGCAGUAACAGUAGUAGCAGCAGUAACAGUAGUCGUACCAGUAGUAGCAGUAGUAACGGUAGUAGUAGUAGCAGCAGUAACAGUAGUAGCAGCAGUAACAGUAGUCUAGUAGCAGCAGUAACAGUAUUAGUAGCAGCAGUAACAGUAUUAGUAGCAGCAGUAACAGUAGUAGUACAAUGUAGUAGCAGCAGUAACAGUAGUAGUAGUAGCAGCAGUAACUGUAGUAGUAACAGUACUAGUAGUAGCAGCAGUAACAGUAGUAGUACCAGUACCAGUAGUAGCAGCAGUAACAAUAUUAGUAGUAGCAGCAGUAACAGUAGUAGUAGCAGCAGUAACAGUAGUAGUACCAGUACCAGUAGUAGCAGCAGUAACAGUAGUAGUACCAGUAGUAGCAGUAGUAACAGUAGUAGUAGUAGCAGCAGUAACAGUAUUAGUAGCAGCAGUAACAGUAUUAGUAGCAGCAGUAACAGUAGU